UACUCGCAAUUGGGAGGCGAAGCGAACAAUCAUACCUCCACACUUAUACUUAUAUAUGGAGCGAAACUUGUCUUUUCUCUAAUCUAAAGGGUCUUAUUUGAUAGAAAACGCUAUUCAAACUUACCAUCAAGUGCAUAAUGUUAAUCAAGCAAUAAGUGCUGGAACACGGAUAAAGGACAUUCAUUCGUACGGCAACUUCAUUCCGACAGAGAUGAAUCUAAGGGAAUUUUAUGCUAAUAGCUAGCUUGCGAGCUCGAUGGUCGAGUGGCUUAGUGCUUAUUGUGCGUUUUUUUGCAGGAAGUAACGGCGCAAACUUUGCAGUUUCACCUUAAAUAAAUCUGCUUGAACUGGAAAUAUGAAAAAACCACGUCUCAAUUUUAAUGGAUGAUUCUCACGACUAUUCCGUUUUUCAUCGGCGGGGUUUGUUGUGGAUAUAGGCUGCCUCUGAAUCGCACAGGGAGCAGUGACGCUGUUUUUGCACACUUGCACUGUUGAGAGCACUCAAACUCGGUUACGUUGCAAAUCGUAAAUCGUGCAUAGUAUUUAGAUUAUCGACGUUUUUUUUAUUUAUGAAAAUGCAUGUGGAUCUAGACCUGGGAAAUUUUGAUUUUUGUGCUAUGCAGUUUAAAUCGAGGAUUUGAAAUUGUGGGAGCGGAGAAUAUACAAAAGUUUUGGAGUUGACUAAAGCGGGCUACUGGGAUUUUCUUCUACUGUUCACGUUCAGCGGAUUUUUAUUUUGGACUGCUGGAUUACGAUCAUUUAUUUUACAAGAUGCCACAACUUAAUGGAGGCGGUGGAGACGACUUGGGGGCGAAUGACGAACUAAUUUCAUUCAAAGACGAAGGAGAGCAGGAGAAAUUAUCUGAAAACGUGUCGGCUGAGGGGGAUUUGGACGACGUGAAAUCAUCUUUGGUAAACGAGUCGGAAAUCAACAGCAGCGCCUCCGAUUCUGAGCAAACGGAGAGGCGCCAUCAACCAAGAUCAGCCCUAGAAAGUUACGAGAAGUACAGAGAGUAUUAUACCGAAGCAUUAAGACGACAGCAAGAUGGUGGCUUUUUUAAGAGCCCCCACUUUCCUGGCUACCCGUUUCUAAUGAUCCCGGACCUAACCAACCACUACCUAUCCAACGGGUCCCUGUCUCCCAGCACUAGGGCGUACCUCCAGAUGAAGUGGCCCCUUCUCGACAUCCCCACCGCGGCGGCCCUGAAGGACCCCAGAUCCCCUCCCCCCGGACACCUGUCUAACAAGGUCCCAGUGGUGCAGCACACCCCCCACAUGCACCCCCUGACCCCCCUCAUCACCUACGGCAACGAACACUUCUCCCCCACCAGCCCCCCUGCGCACCUCUCCCCGGAAAUCCUCGACCCCAAAACAGGUAUCCCUCGGACCCCCCACCCUGCUGAGCUAUCCCCGUACUACCCCCUCUCUCCUGGGGCGGUGGGGCAGAUCCCCCACCUGGGCUGGCUGGUGCCUCAACAGGGCCAGCCCAUGUACUCCCUCCCUGCGGGGGGGUUCAGGAGCCCCUAUCCUACACUGGCCAUGAACCCCUCCAUGUCCAGUCUGGUGUCCAGCCGGUUCUCCCCCCACGUUGUGGCCCCCCCACACCACGGCCUGCACCAGACGGGGAUCCCCCACCCCGCCAUCGUCUCUCCCGCCAUCAAGCAGGAGCCCGACAGAGACUACAUCGGACACUCUGUUCACACGAAGUCCUCCACGGCAGUGAAGAAGGAAGAGGAGAAGAAGCCCCAUGUUAAGAAGCCAUUGAACGCCUUCAUGCUCUACAUGAAGGAGAUGAGGGCCAAGGUGGUGUCAGAGUGCACACUGAAGGAGAGCGCUGCCAUUAACCAAAUCCUGGGGAGGAGGUGGCACUCUCUAACGAGGGAGGAGCAGGCAAAAUACUAUGAGCUGGCCAGGAAGGAGAGACAGCUGCACUCCCAGCUGUACCCAGGCUGGUCAGCACGAGAUAAUUAUGGAAAACGAAAGAAGAGGAAGAGAGAAGGUAAACAGCCAGACUUAAUGGAAGACCCGAUGCUGUCUCAGAGCAAGAAGCCGUGCAUGCCGUACCUGCCCCCGGAGAAGCCCUGCGACAGCCCCGCCUCCUCCCACAGCGGGAUGCUGGACUCCCCGGCCACGCCCACGGCCGCCCUGGCGUCUCCCGCGGCCCCCGCCCCCACGCACACCGAGCAGGCCCAGCCUCUGUCCCUGACCACCCGGCCCGAGGGCCGCACGCGCCCCCACCCCUACCCCCUGCCCAGCAGGACCUCCUCCGCACACUCCCCCUCCUCCUCCGUCUGCACCCAGCCCAGCGUCCCCCUCCACCGAGCCCCGCCCUUCCUCUCUCGCCCAAUCGCAUUCUCCUCCCUGCUGUCCCCGCCAACCACGUUCCACUCGGCGCCCGUGCAUUCCCAUCAUGCCUUGCUUCAGUCUCAGCCCCUCUCCUUGGUUACCAAAUCGACUGACUGAUAUCAAAAUGAGUUUUUGUUUUUUUUAUGGUUUUAUUUCCCUGUUUUUAAUGCUGUAUAUUGGCCUGAGCCUCACUUUUAUAUAGAUGCUAGCCCGUGUUUUUUUUUUUUUUUUUUUAUAUAUGAAGGCGGAAAAAAAAAAUUGGUCAAUAUUUGACCACCAUUUUGUUUUUGGCUUCUCUCUCUUGAAACUAAAUGUAUUUUUUUGUAAAGUUUUAUUAAAGAACCUGCGUACUUUUCUCAUACUAAUUUCUCUAAUGUGCCACUUACAAAACAUAAAAUGUAUAAUAAAAAUAAUUCCUUUAAAAUCAAUUUACCCUUUUUUAGUUGAAACCUUCCUAGUGAUGCUCGUUUUCAGUUAGUCAAACUGUCCCUACCGUGAAACACUACAUAAACCCUUGAAUGCUUACCCUUUUUGUCCAGAGGAUUGCAGGCAUGAAACUUCACCAAAAAAAGUGUCACUCAGGAGAUCAUUUUGGUUUGGGAGAAACGGUCAAAAAUGGUUGUUGCAUCAGCUACUCGCAAUAAUACUUGGGUAGCUGUUUGACCAAAGGCGAAUAAACUAAUACAUAUCUGCACCUUUUUCCCUGGGGGGGACCGUUUGGGCGGUCCCAAGAGGACAGAAAUUGUGCCAAAGAUAAGUAGAUCUAAGGCUCUGUCCAAAAUGGCUCCCUAUUGACUUAAAUAGUAUACUAUUUUGGCCAUCUUGUUCUAGUGUCCAAAUUCAGAAGUCACUUUUUAGGGCACUACAAAAAUCUUGCACCGCAUUGUAAAAUAUUGAGAGCAACUGCGGUCACUUGAAAAGUGGAAAUUAACCAUAAUGCUUUGUGAACAGCUUUUCCCCCCCGAACUAUUAUACCCAAAUCUUUUUUUAUUCUCCUUUUGAAGUAGAAACUAAACAACUAAAGAACGGCUCUUCUGGGUUUUGCCACGUUGAUGACAAAUUCAUUUCAGCUUUAGCCUAAUAAAGUUCAGUACAGCUAAUAUAACCUAACAUGUUCAUUAUUCAAACCCUCAUUUGUCCAGUAAGUGGCACUGUUUUACCUAAAACGGUCUAAAAAUAGUUCAAAUUUGCUAUGAUACCCAGUCCACGUCUAGCAGCUAAAACCACCAAUAGCAAUAUUCUUAACCUUAAUCUGUAAACUUUUAGGACAUGAAUGUGUAGGGGGAUGCAUUAGGUACUCAGUGAAAAUGUGUUCUUUUACAUGUUCAAUAAGCCAAGGCCAUGGAGUUUCCGGUGAAAAUGUAUAUGUAAAUCAUUUUUCGUAAAGAAAAAUAAGAAUUGAAACCCGAUUUUGACCCAAACUCUGCACAAGGGUUACGUGAGCUGCAGCACGACUUUGGGAAUUAAGUUUCAUUUGAAAGGCUGGACCUCGAAAGUCAUGUUUUUUAAGCCUGCUGUCCGAAUUCACUUCAUUUCGUACACUAUGUAGCAGAUUAGGAAUUAUUGAGCCAUUUCGGACACAGCCAUAGUCUCCCUUGUUUUUCAAUAAGAGAAGGUUGCCAUUCAAAUGUUUAAUACUUAACAAUUCGGUUUAGAAAAACGUGUAUUUUGGGAGGAUGGAACUGGUUGGUAGUGCUAUUAGGAAGAUGGUACACCGUUUAAAUUUCCUCUGGGGAAAAUGGCCUCUCAGAAAUAGAUUUUACUGAAAUGGAUCACCUACCCCGUACUACCUUUGACCCUCUUCUUUCUGCAAUUUUUUACUGUAAAAAUCUUGUUCUCAAGUUUUUAUUAAACCAUGAAAUUAAAAUAUAAAAGUUGAAUGUCCAA